AUGUCAAACGUCAUCUAUGCUGAACCAGAUGGGAACAAGAAGGUCAAGUUUGACAGAGGUGAGAUGGAGGAGAGGAUUGUGGAUAUCUACGUCAGUGCAGACACCCUGAGAGACGGUGAGACCAGCACCAAGAGUCAGACACUGCUCCUAAUAAUGGACCAGGAGACAAGCACUCAGAUGCUGGGGGCGGGUUUUGGCAGAGAGCUAGACACAGACAGAGGCCUCAAUACUCAGCUAUACAAUGGAUUUGAAGACGAUGAGCCUGAUGCAAUGAAGAACACAGACAUUGAUGGCCAAUUACAUGCCAACAUAAGAGCCUUCAAGCCCAGUACAAGAGAUGGAGAUGUUGCAUCUGUACAUGUUCAGUGGUGGAAGAGAACCUCUGGAGUUGCUGCAGUGUGUCUGGGGCUGCUGUGUGUUCUCCUACUGGCUGGGAUCAUAGGCCUGUCUGUCUACUAUGGAGUCGCUUUUCAUCACGACUCAACAGAGAGAGAACAGCUACAGGACUGUUACAACAACCUGACUAAAGAGAGAGACCAGCUACAGUCCAGUUACAAUACCCUGACUAAAGAGAGAGUCCAGCUACAGUCCAGUUACAACAGCCUGACUAAAGAGAGAGACCAGCUACAGACCAGUUACAACAACCUGACUAAAGAGAGAGUCCAGCUACAGUCCAGUUACAACACCCUGACUAAAGAGAGAGUCCAGCUACAGUCCAGUUACAACACCCUGACUAAAGAGAGAGUCCAGCUACAGUCCAGUUACAACACCCUGACUAAAGAGAGAAGAGUCCAGCUACAGACCAGUUACAACAACCUGACUAAAGAGAGAGACCAGCUACAGUCCAGUAACAACAACCUGACUAAAGAGAGAGACCAGCUACAGACUGAGAGAGUUUUUCUUAAUGGGAGGUUUACCAAUCUCAAACAAAACUGUCCUGCUGGCUGGCAGAAGUUUGAAUCCAUUUGGUACUUCCUGUCUACUGAGACUAAAACCUGGAAGGAGAGCAGAGAGGACUGUCUGGAGAGAGGAGCAGACCUGGUGAUCAUAAACAGUGAUAAGGAACAGAGGAGAGUCUGGAUUGGUCUGACCGAUUCUGUUAUUGAGGGGACCUGGAAAUGGGUGGAUGGAACCCCCACUGACCACAAGGCUCAUCCUGUCAUGACCCUCCAACAUGACAAUGCCAGCAGCCAUACCGCUCGUUUUGUGCGUGAUUUUCUGCAAGACAGGAAUGCCAGUGUUCUGCCAGGGCCAGCAAAGAGCCCGUAUUCCAAUCCUAUUGAGCCCGUCUGGGACCUGUUGGAUCGGAGGGUGAGGGCUAGGACCAUUCCACCCAGAAUUGUCCAGGAACUUGCAGGUGUCUUGGUGGAAGAGUGGGAUAACAUCUCUUAG